AGGUUCACCUGGCUUUGCAGCCAAGUUCACACCAGCCUGGUGACACAUUUCCAAGGCCAAAUUGUUGCAGAUUUUGACAGAGAGUUCCGAUGUUUGUAUGCAGAAUCCAUGCCUGUGACUUGCUUCUCUGUCCCUGACACUGGAAUCCACACUUCUUCUCACAGUACCUCCUGGAAUGUCCAAUCUCUCUUAAAACCUACUCAAAUGAAUGAAACUGAAAAUUCCAGCCCCUCAAGUAGCCUCUCAAAUGCAAGCAUCACAACCAUAAAGUUGUCUCCUUUUCUGCAGAGAUUCACAUACAAUGAAUGUCAGGAAAAGCAAAAUCUGGUUCCUGGUUUCAUUAGUGAAAAAAGAAAAGAAGCUAUGAUACCUGGUAGCCCCAAAUUGGAUUGGAAACCAUCGGACACUACUCACAGCAUUUCAGCUGACCUCACAUCUAUGCUAUAUAAUAAGACUCAUCUCAUGACAGGUAGGGCACCCUUGCAAUUGGACUCUCCCCCCAUAUUAAGUUUUUAUGAAUAUAGUCAUCCACAAAAUGAGACACUGGGUACAACUAACAUUGACCAGUUGUGCCAUGACUCUGCUAUAAGACACAGACUGAAUUCAAGACUACUCCCUGAGAAUUUUGUUACAGACAGAGCAAUUGCUAAGGAGAAAGGGCCCAAUGCUGUUUCCAAUGCUCUGUCAGUAGAAAACAGCAUCAACAUGCAAAAGGAUGAGAAAAGACAGACUCUUGGUCACAGUAAACUUGAUCUAAUUAUCCAGUACAACCAGUUAAAAAGAGAAAAGAUGGCUACAGUUCCAGACUCUGUUAGACUUGAUGAUGUGCCAAUACAAAACGACAGCAAAAUAAUCAAGGAUGACAAAAGAAUGACUCUUGGACACAGUAAGCUAGAUCUGAUCACCAAAUAUAACAAAUUAAAAUCAAAGAAAAUAGGUAGUCGAUUUGGGUUUUAAACUUUUUUGUGGCCCUUGCAACGUUGGCUGAUCUCAUUUACAUGGUGACAAACACAUACUUUUCUCUGGUUGUUUUUUCUCAUGGCACUUUGAAAUCAAAUUCAAAACACAGUUGCCAAGUCCUUAAUUAUAUUUGAUGUAAAAGGAAGCCUGAUGCCAGUUCUUAAUUUCUUAUAUUUAGAGAGGUCAGAUUUUACUGAAAGUGUAUGAAAAGGGCCAGCAACUAGUAUUAGAAUGUUGGUCACAAGAUCACUUUGUGAGUGACAAGAUGAAAAAAUGUAGACUUCUUUUACUCCUUAUAAAAAGGACUACUGUCCCCCAAACUUUAUUUUAAAAAAAUAAUUUGAAGCUACUCUGUAUAUUUCUUUAACUGAUUCUGUUUGGUGACUAACUAAGCUUCUUGUUAUAUCUAGAGAAGUGUUAUAUAGGAAUUCCUUAUCAACUUGCUGAAAACAAUGGGGAAAGUCAUAUUGCACACUACAUAAAAAAAUAAAACUUACAACUGAAAACAUCAGCAUCCAGUCAUGUGUGAAU